AUGGAGCAAGGGCAAGAGAUAAUUAAAGAACAAGAAAUAGAAGAAAAGCAAGAAAAUGAUAAAAAAAAUAAAAGAAAUUCAGGAAACCAAACCAAAUUUAUUCUAUUAUGUUUGAUCGGAUUGCAAGCUCUUUCUGUCUAUUUCAUUUUUACAUCAUCGGACUUUGAAAAUAAGCUCGUUUGGUACGCAAUUGCUUUUGUAAUUCUUACGUGCGCAAAUGCAUUUCACACUUAUUUUAACACUUCCAAAUUUACUAUUAUUAUUUUUGCAGCAAUAUUUACUUUCGAAGUGGCCUCCUUUGAAUUUGUGAAAAUUCCAUAUCAAGCUACUCAUUUAGCAUAUGCAUUUUCAAGCAAUAAGCCAUUUUCGUCUAAAUAUCCACCAUGCAUUGAAGUAGUUCAAGAGUAUCAGAUUUUAGAAAAAAAAAUUUUAGAUAGUAAUUAUCCUGUCAUCAUAGAUGGAAUUCAUGGUAUUGGAAAAUCAACAUUCCUUAAAUGGUUUGCGACCAAAUAUGACUAUGUGUUUUAUUUUGAGAUUAAGGAGGAUAAUUUAAAUUUUUCUCAAUCGUUUAUUCGAGAUGUAUAUUCCAGAAACGAAUGAAACCCUUUUUAUGUUUAUAUGAAGUUAAUUUUCAACUUCAAACCUUCAAACUUUGAAGAGUUACAAGAACUCUUCGCGUGAGGUUAA